AUGGCGACGGCUAUCUCCAGUGCAACCUCAUCAGCAUUUUCUACUGUGACAAUUGAUGGAUCUGUGCGUCAAGACGAGAGUUUGCAUAGUUCUAUAUCUCAAGAUCUUGCUAUACUACAGGACUUUGCGACCUAUUUGGAGCUGCGGCUUAAGUGUGUAAACAUCUCAAUGCUGCGUCGUAUUUUUACCGACUUUUUAAACGAUCAAGAGAUUACAUUGGUGCAUAUGAUGCAAUUAGGUUGCACUAUUAUCACCAUGUAUCCAGUGCUAAGAACUAGCGCUCAACGUUGUCAUGAAGCGAAAGCUCUGUUGUCGAAACCGAAACACCAUUCAGACAAACGUGGCUGUGUUUUCUUAUAUCUACAACAUCGUACAGCAACACGAAAUAUAGCAUUACUCAAGCAAAUUUUUCUAGAUUUUGUAAAUCAUCGUGAAAAGAAAUUGUUAGAAUUCGUUGAAAAUGGGAGCCAAGUGAUGAGUGUGAUUCCAUACGAAUUGCCACAACGAACAUCGUUAAGACAUUCUUUCUCGACUGGAAACAAGAAUGAUACUUGGACUUUGGGACAUCCGAUUGAGCAACAAAAAAUCACACAAAAAGCUAAGACAAAGUGUAUGAAAAAACGAAAUUGUGAUAUUGCAAGAUCGAAAUCGUCAGGAUCUUUGGCUUUGAGUGAUGCUGAUAUUGCCUUGCCCUUGAUUAAUCAGAAGAAAUCGAGAAACCGGCGUCUUUCAUUAGAGGAUCGGGAGAUUUCACGUGCUCAAGAUGAGCCUAUUGUCGCGACAAAUUCUAAGCGAAAAAGUGAUAGUCUCAUAAAUUUGGAAAAGUCUACUGUCACUAAAGGAACAAAAUCGUGUUUAGCAUCGAUUCCCGCUACCGAAAUGUCUUUGGAAAGCGCCAAAAUAGCGACACCAAAAUCUGCGUUACUUCAAAAUGGAGCCGCAGACGUAAAUACUGUUGCUGUGCCAAACGUCCCACCAUCCGUUGUAAAGUCGAGAUCGAAGUGUGGUAAAGAUUUAAAGACAAGGAGGAUAUCAUUGCAUGAUGAAAGUGCUGUAGCUGCAACAGAGCAAGUGGUAUCAAAAACGGCAGGACGUGCUGAAAAGUCACCGUUAAGAUGUGGCAGAAAAAUUAAGGCAAGCAGUAUAUUACAAGAUGCAGCCUCUGUUGCCGCAAUGGAUCUGUUUGAAAUAGAUGAAACGAGUUCUGUCGUAGAGUCACCGUCAAUACGAAGACUUAAGGCAAGCAAAGUAUCACUACAAGAUGCCGCAUCUAAAACGGCACGUGGACCGAUUGAAACUGAUUUUACGACAUCUGUAGCAAAGUUGUCGUCUAAACGUGGCAAAAAUAUUAGUUCAAGCCAAGAAUCGCUUCAUCGUGCAUCACCUUUAGCCUCGAUAGAAGUGGUGGAAUCGGAUGAAGUGAAACUUGCCACAAAAAAGCGUUUCAAGCGUAGAAAACUAUCAAACGCUAGCAAUGUGCGAUUGCAAGAUCCAGUUAUCAAAAAAUUCACGGAAGUGGCUAAAUCAGAUGUGGUGGCAUCUUCUUCGAGUUCUAAACAUGGCCAAGAACCGAGAUUAGGGCGUAUGGUAUUACAGAAGGCAGCUAGUUCAGUUGACUCGGCAGUAGUCGAAACUGAUCUUACCGAAUCUGCUGUUACUAAGCUCUCUGAGAUUGGCAGUAACAUCGAAUCAUGCAGGGCACUACCAGACGUUAUGACUGUAGAUGCAACGAAAUUGGUUGAUUUGGAUGUAGUGAAAUCCACAUCUGAUCUUCCUUUUAAGUGUGACAGAUCUCGAAAGUCAAGCAAAGUUCAACUGCAAGAGAGUGGAAAGACCAAUGCAAAAUCAGCUGCUUGUACGAAAAGCAUUCGUGGCAGGCAAACAGAAGAAAGCAGUGAGCCACUACAAUGCAAGUCACCUAUAGCUGCGACGGAAUCAGAUAAAUCACAUACUUUCAUGUCAUUACCGACCGCUGCUCAUGCAAUGACAUCGAAAGAAGUCAAAUCUAAUGUCGUCAAGUCUGCUGCAAGUUUGAGUGAGGGGCCCAUGAAUGAUGUAGAAUUUGUAUCUACAAACGAGGUGGAGAAAAUCGAUGUGGCGAAAUCUGCUGCCAGGUUGCCGGAAAAAUGUGAUCAAAACUUCAUGACGAGCGACGAGGGACUGCAAAAUUUGACUCCAGCACUUGCAGAUGUACUGACUGAGUCGGAUGAUAGUUGUUGUGUUCCUGGGUCGACUGUCAGACGUGGUAGUCUUGCAAAAACAAUUAGCAAAGAUACAGCUACUAAAGCUGCGACAGAUCUGGUGGAACUAGAUGUGGUGGAGCCAAUAACGAAGUCAACUAUACAGCGUGUUAAGCAGCUGAAGGUGAGCAGUAUACCGCUUGAAAAUGCAUCUGCUGUAGCUGCGAUCGGAAUUGAUGAAGCAUUUAUUACGGAAUUGUCGCAUUCGGAAUGUGGCAAGAUAUUGAGUACCAGCAAGAGACUAGUGCCGAUUGCUGACACUAUGGUACCGGACAAUACUUCUGUUGCUGCCAUGUCAUCGGUUAAGUAUGGUGCGAUGGGUACCGCUUCCACGAAAAAAAUAAUCAGCAUUGUAACAAGUCAUAAUACAUCUUUGGCGAGUACCCGCGAAGAGGUUACAGACACUUGCCCUCCAGGUGCAACGACGCUUAUAAUGAACACUACGACGGUACAACGCACGAAUGUCACGAUGGAUGUUGUGAAACCUAGUGUCAUGGAAUCGAUCUUACCUGCUACCGAGUCCACCCAAAGAGAUGUAGUAGUGCCAAAAACAAUAGCUUUGCCUGGGCAUUAUAAAGAUUUUGAAGCUGAGACCAAACUGUAUGACUCAAGUGUGUAUGAUUUAUCUUCACCUGAUGCUUACUCAUCCGUGAAUCUAGUCGAUAAGUCAAAGGAGGUGGUUCAUGUUACUGCGUCAAAAGUGGUUACGUCAAUUUUAACUCAAGUUGUUUCAAGAAUUUCUGGACAGUCUAAGCGAGGUCAAAAGCGCAAGUCUGAGACUUUGGAUUUGAAAUCCAAAGCAAAAAUCAAGAAUCAGACUCGACUUCACAGCAAGUUAAUUGAUGAUGACAAGUCGCACAAGCUCGAUAUUGAUCGAAAGUCGAAUAAACGAGGAAAACCAGCGAUGAGUGAGGAAUUGUGUCGCAGUCAACUAGAGCUAGCACAUCGAAUGAAAGUGUUUGCUGCACAGGCUCCAUGGGAGAUAGUUUUUCAAAAUGUAUCAGCUCCUUUUGAUGACAAAAAGCAUCCUGCACUUGCCCGAAAAUUCUAUAAAUUUUGGAAAAAUCAUGCUCGUGCUGUUUGGGAGCGUAACUUUUGGGCUCCUGUGUCACGCAGACUGAAUCUUGUCGACUUUAACAAGCGCAAUAAUCGUCAGCUCGCAGCGAAAAAUGCUUUUGAGCCGCUCAUUAUUUCUGCGUUCAAAGAACUUGGAGCAGCCUUUUUCGUCAUGUUGGAUACACAGGAACCACGACAUCCAGGAUGGUGGUACCGUGGCCCGGUUGUGGCUUUGUUUGCAUUUCAACUUAAUCUUGGUGAAGACGCUAUGUGGGAUUACGUCAAGAGUGAAGCUUUUAAGCGAUUUCCAGACUGCAAGCAGCCAGUUCCGUUGUCUGCUUCAAAUUCAGGUGCAAUGCGUAUUCGUCACGAGCGAGAGAGUGCAUCAAUGUGGGUGACGAAUCACCAAGAAACAACAAAGUUUUUGCAUGCGAUUGCGACACUCAAGGCGAGCAAAACGUCUUUGAAUGUCGAAGAUCAUGAGUGA